AUGACGCCGUGGAAGUUACCAUCCGCCGCCGGAAGAUCUGUUGGAAUUCUCGGGGCCGGCGUCCUGGGUCGUCGAAUCGGCGCCUGCUGGGCAUCGGCCGGCUACCAAGUCCACAUCAGGGACCCAGACCCUCGACAGACGAACGCGGCGUUGCAGUACAUCACCAGCGAGCUAUGGAGAUACAAGCCCAUCGUUGAUCCGAACACCAUCAGCGUUCAUGGCUUCCAGAAUAUGGAACCCGCCGUGGAGGAUUCUUGGCUGGUUAUCGAAUGCGUACCCGAGAGGUUGGAUAUGAAAAUCGAUCUGUUUGCCGAACUCGAAAACAUCACCCAGCCGGAUGCCAUCCUAGCCUCAAACUCGUCCUCCUACAAGUCCCGCGAGAUGACGGCCAUGGUCAAGCCAGAGACGGCUCAACGAAUGCUAAACACCCACUACAUGGUCCCGCCGACCAUUCGUAUCGUCGAGCUCAUGACGAGUGGCUCUACGCGACCCGAGAUAUUUCCCUUCCUCUUGAAACACUUCAGAGCGUCAGGCAUGAUGCCGGUGAUUGCACACAAGGAGUCGACUGGUUUCAUCCUGAACCGCGUUUGGGCAGCCAUCAAGCGCGAGUGUCUCAUGGUGCUGGCUGAAGGCGUGGCUUCUCCCCAAGAACUCGACGCUGUGUGGACCGAGAUGUUUAUCGAGAACGGUAGUCCACCCUGCACUCUGAUGGACUCGGUCGGUCUAGAUACCGUUUCACUCAUCGAGAAGCACUACAUCCAAGAGCGUGGCCUGCAGGACAGAGGUGUCUUGUCCUUUCUACAAAAGUACAUUGACGAGGGCAGACUCGGAGCCAAGAGCAGCAAGGGCGGUCUUUACCCUCCUAAUCACACCGUCAAGACGGCUAACCAGGAACAAGCCAGUGACGACAAUCUGCAUGUUCCGUCCUUGUACUUUUUGGAUAUUGGAUGGAACAAUGAUCCGGAUGACGUCGGCUUCUACAGAAAGGGCCGCAUCCUCGUCGGAAGUGCGGAUGGAAGAUCUCCGCUCAAGGUAAUCGCCCAUCAUCUGCCGAUGCCAGAUGGAAUUGCUCUCUCCCAAAAGGCUGGCAAGAUAUUCUGGACCAACAUGGGCACUCCCGGUCAAAACGAUGGUUCCAUCAUGUCGUGCAACCUGGACGGCACUGGCGCACGGGUCAUCAUCCCCCCGGGCGCCGUUCACACACCCAAGCAGUUGUCUGUCGACCAGGAGAACGAGGUGCUCUAUUUCUCUGAUCGAGAGGGCAUGCGAGUCUUCCGUUGCGGCGUUGAUGGAUCCAAUCUCCAGACUCUCGUCCGCGCUGGCGACUGGAGGAAGGGGAUAGAUGACCCUACUUUGUGGUGCGUAGGUAUCACUGUCUCAGCUCGAGAAGGCAAGUUCUACUGGACCCAAAAGGGACCGCCCAGGGGCGCCAAAGGACGCAUUUACCGGGCCUCCAUCGAGAUGCCCCAGGGAUUUGGUGCUUCCAACAGACCGGAUGUUGAGGUGGUUUUUGAUCACCUGCCGGAGCCGGUCGACCUCGCCAUGGACGAGGAGGGCAGCGCUCUGUAUUGGACUGACCGUGGAGAGCUGCCGAACGGCAACACUUUGAACCGGGCAGCUUUGAAUCCGGAUGGGUCAUUCAGCAAGCAUCAGGUCCUCGCGCGGAAUUUGCAUGAGGCGAUUGGACUGGCCAUUGAUCAACAGAACAGGUACAUCUAUGCUACAGAUCUCGGCGGUGCGGUCUAUCGGUUCAACAUGGACGGCAGUGGUAAACAGACAAUUUAUGAGGACCAGGGAGCGUUUGCGGGCAUUGCUUUGCUAGAACAGGUUGUUCCUAGUUCGAGCUUCUUCGCUAUCGAGGUGCCCGGCGAGGCAGCCCCUCUAAACCUCCUCGAGCUUGCCCGGACGCUAGAGUACGCCGCCCUUUCUACAGAUCACACCCAGAGACAGUCAGCCGGCCAGCAGCUUCAGUCAUGGGAGUCUCGCCCAGACUACUAUGUUUCUCUACAGACCGUCUUCCUCGACAAGUCCAUAAACAACUCCGUCCGCUUUCUCGCAGUUAUCCUGCUCAAGAACGGAAUCGACAAAUACUGGCGACACACUGCGAAACAUGCGAUCCAACCCGCCGAGAAACAGUUUAUUCGCUCGAGGCUACUACAGGGCUCAGUCGGCGAGGAGGACAAGACCCUCGCACUACACAACGCCCUUGUCAUCGCAAAGAUUGUCCGCAUAGACUACCCCAACGACUGGCCAGACGUCAUCCCGAGCAUUAUCAAUGUCACGAGGAGCGCCAGAACAGAGAGUGCUCUUGCUCUCAGCGGAGCUCUGCAGGUGCUGCUGCGGGUAGUCAAAGAGCUCGCAACAGCGCGGUUGCGGAGGUCCCAGACCGCUCUUCAGGCUGUCACACCCGAGCUUGUCCAAUUGCUCGGUGAGAUAUAUACCGAGCGGACGGCCGCAUGGCAGCAGUUCUUCGCCAGGGGUGGCACUGGCGAUGAGGAUGAGGCCGACUACUACAUGCAAAACAGCCUCACAGCCCUCAAAAUCUUACGUAGGCUGGUCACCGUUGGCUACGAACAUCCCCAUACCGAUCCGAUGGUCCAGGGCUUCUGGUCACUGUCGCAAUCCCAAUUUGACCAGUUCCUUACCGGCGUCAGCUCCGAGUCACACGUCCCUGCCCCUUUCCAGGACUCGGUGGGCAAGCACUUGAUCCAGUUCACGAAACUGCACAUCGACAUGUGCGAUUCCCACCCAGCCAGCUUCCCUUUGCUACCGAAUUCCAUUCCGCUCGUCAAGGCUUACUGGAAUCUUGUAAAGCAAUUCUCAAAUGAGUUUGAAAAGUCGGGCGGCAUCAGGCAAACGGGCUCUGAGAACCACGACGGUAGCGCCAAACACGAAGGACCGCUCUCGGAGAAGCUGGCCCUUAAAGGUCUUUUGCUACUUAGAAGCUGUGUGUCGAUUGCCCACAGGCCGAUGCAGACUUUCAAAUACAAGAGCCCAGAGGUCAAGAAUCAGGAAAGAGAGGCCAUGGAGCUUGUCAAGGACCAACUAUUGACAAACAACUUCCUGCUGGAUAUUGUCCAAGUAACCAUCAGUAGGCUAUUCAUCUUCCGGCAGUCCGAUCUCGAGGCAUGGGAAGAAGAUCCGGAAGGGUGGGAAGCUGCGGAGCGUAACGAAGGUCAAGCAUACGAGUGGGCUGUUCGGCCUUGUGCUGAAAGGUUGCUCAUUGACCUCCUGACGCACUACAAGGAGCUUGGGCGACCACUUCUUACAUACUGCGAAUUUGCGACCAAGGUCGAUAUGGAUAUCGUCACCAAGGAGGCGGCUUACUGCGCUCUUGGGUGUGCAGCCGCUGUUAUUCACGAGGCCUUCGACUUUGACCGUUUCCUAAAGACUACACUGGUGAAGGACGCACAGAUCCAGGACUCCAUGUCCAAGCUGCUCCGUAGACGGAUAGCCAUCCUGCUCAACCAGUGGAUCUCCAUCAAGAUCGCCGAGGAAAGUCGACCUGCUGUCUACGAAAUCUUUAGACACUUGAUGAACCCUGACGACCCGCAUAACGAUCAGGUUGUCCGUACCACUGCUGCGCGCGAGUUUAAGGGUAUCGUGGACGACUUUGGGUUCCAGGGCGAGCAGUUCCUACCGUUUGCCCCCGACGUCUUCAACCAGCUUAUGGGGCUCCUCCAGGAGGUGGAAAGCGAUGAGACCAAGUUGACUGUUCUCGACACUAUUCGGGCGAUUGUGCAGCGAAUGGAGACUCAUAUUACUCAGUUUGGCGACGCCAUUAUGCUGACUCUUCCCAAGUUGUGGGAGUCAGCUGAAAAGGAGGAGUAUAUGAUCAAGCAGUCUAUUCUGGCCAUCAUGUCUGCGCUCGUUGACUCGAUGCGUGGGGACUCUCAGCGGUACCAACCGGCGAUUAUCCCCCUGCUGCGUGAGGCUAUGGAACCCGAGUCUGCCCUUCACCUCCACCUUAUUGAAGAAUCGGUAGCUCUGUGGAAGUCCGUAACCACACAAAGCUACCCUCCCCUACACCCCGACCUUGUACAAAUGGUUGAGCUUGCUCUGCCCCUCCUUGAGUAUGAUUCGGAAGUAGCAAACCAGUGUCUCGAAGUCGUAAAGAACUACAUCCUCCUCGCGCCCCGCGAGAUCCUCGACGAUCGCCUACGCCGUCCGACCCUCGCAGCCCUCGUCAAGACACUCGACGCCCGCUCCCGCGAGCAAUCUCAGACCGGUGCGAGGUCCAUCGAGCUGAUUCUGCGCAUCGCCGAGAAUAUCGGGGGCGUCCAAGGGCUGCAGGUAGUCGUCCAGGACAUGCUGGAAAUCGGCCUCCUCAACACCAUCUUCGAGGGCCUCCACAGCGCCUGGGAGGCAAGCACGACGCACGGCCCCAACAAGAAGGUCAGCCAGAUCAACACGAUCAAGCAGACGGACUACUUCAUGCUGCUGGCACGCAUCGCGCUCGGCGACCCUACAGUGUUUCUGACCAUGCUGGCCGGCAUCGCGACGACCGCCGGCUCCACCGCCGAACAGGUGUGGGAGUGGCUUGGGACCUUGUGGUUUAACAACUUUGACUGCAUGGCCGAGGUCGAACGGCAGAAGCUCAGCAUGUUGGCGCUCACCCGCCUCUGGGAGCUGCCGGACCCCAUGGUGCAGGAAAAGAUUGUGCUCGCGAGGCUGCAGGAUUUCUUGGCUAUGUGGACGAGUGUGGUGACGGAGUUGGCGGCGAGCGAGGAUGAUCAGUCGCUGACUGAACAACAAGAUUUCCGACAAUCGAUAAACUCAACAUCGAAAGAGCAGCUAGCGGGAGGGAGUACUAACCCAAGGGAUUACCUGGUAUGGGAUCCCAAUAACUUGCCUAGUUACGAGUGGGAUACCCCGCUCGAUGUGACGGAACGGCAGUUUGCGCUGAAGGAUCCGGUGCAUAGAGUGGAAGCGUACGAGUUUGCUAGGGAACGGCUGCAGGGGUUGGUGCAGAGGAUGGGUGGUGAGCAGCAGUUUGAGGCGGAGUGGGCGGUUAAUGUGGAUAAGGAUGUGCUGGAGGGGUUUAGGAGGUUGGGGGAGGGGAGGUAG